AUGGAGACCCUAAAUGGCCGGCCCAGCGACCUCGAAUCCCCCACAGGCUCUCAAGCCGUCCUCCAAUCCUUCUUCAUGAUCAUCUUCUCUGAAAUCGGCGACAAAACCUUCCUCAUCGCAGCUAUCCUCGCCAUGCGCCACCCACGACUCACAGUAUUCGCCGGUGCCUUCGGCUCACUCGUCGUCAUGUCCUUCCUUUCCGCCAUAAUGGGCCACGUCCUGCCCGCAUUGAUUCCGAAACGGUGGACACAGUUUGCUGCUGCGGUGCUGUUUUUCGCGUUUGGAGGGAAGAUGGUGUUGGAGGGAAGAGCCAUGGAGGGAGGGGAGAAGAUGCAGGAGGAGAUGAGGGAGGCAGAGGAGGAGAUCGAAGGAGACGCAGCCAAGCACGAUGGGACGGGACAGACGACCGCGAAUGGAGAAGUGAUUCCGUUGGAGGAUAUCGAGGCGGGAGAGGGAGUUAUCGAGCCGGCGGUGGCGAGCGGGAAGACGAAGGAAGAGUCGUGGGUGAAGGGUGUCAUUGAGGGAACGAGGAAUUUGUUCAGUUUGUUUUUGGGACCGGUGUUCGUGCAGGCGUUUGCGUUGACGUUUUUGGGCGAGUGGGGAGACAGAAGUCAGAUUGCGACGAUCGCACUGGCGGCGGCACAUAAUCUAUACCUUGUUUCGAUAGGUACAAUUAUUGGACACUCUUGUUGUACUGCGCUCGCCGUUAUCGGCGGUCGCUAUGUCUCUACCAAAAUCUCCCCAAAACAUGUAACCCUCGGCGGCGCUUUCCUCUUCCUCUCUUUCGGCUUCAUCUACCUCUACACCGCCAUCUACAUGACCCCCGAACUCGAAUCAGACUCUCCAUUCUCCUCUUCCUCCUCAAUAACUUCGACCCCAAAUCUUAUACCCGCGGCGCCCGUACGAUGA